UCCUCCUCCUCCUCCUCUCUCUCUCUCUCUCUCUCUCUCUCUCUCUUUUACUGUUGGCAGAUUCCGGCGUUACCCUGUCAUUUUCUCCGAUUCAGCCUCCUCUUCCCUCAUCCAUUCACUCACUUUUAUAUAUACCCCCACACGCCCCAACUCAUUAUUCCUCCCCACCUCUCUCUCUCUCUCUCGCUCGCUCUCGCUCUCUCGCUCGUCAAAUGCUUGCUAGUUGCUAGGUGUGUUCCGCGAGACUGUGAUAGCGAGUGCUCUUUUCCAAAGCGGCAACUAACAACCUCUCGGCUGUACUCUGUUUCCGGAGGGGAGAGGAGAGAGUCUCUUUCUUGGGUAUCUGCUGAUGAAUCUGGCUCUUCUACCGGAGAUGCUACGCCACCUGAACCCCCCGCCGGUGAACCUAUUCGUCGCCGGCGAAUGCGCGGACAUGACGGUGCUCGAGAGGCAGCGCGCUCGCUUCCAGUGGCUCCACGAGGAGCCGCCGCAGCCGCAGCUGCAGCUGGUGCACAAGGGUCAUUUCGGCGCGGGCGAGUUUGCCGCCGGGUACGGUGAUGGGCUCAUGAUGAUGAGCGGCGGCGGCAGCGACUCGGCGCUCGGCGAGGUCGUGAACCUGAACCGCCAUCUGAAGGCCGACCCGGGUUUCCUAAACGGGUGUUCCGAGGCCGGAGGGUACGAGAUUCCGGGUCUGGGUUUCGGUGCUUGCGGGUAUGGGGAUGGAACCAGUUCGGAGAUGAACGGCUCUAUUUCUCGGACUUCUAGCUGCCCUCCGCCGCCGCAGGCCGCGAUGGACGCCGGCUGUGGAGAGCUGGCCUUGUCGGAGAAGGUUGGCUCCCAAGUUAGGAAGGAGAGCUCAAGGAAGAGGAAAUAUGACAAAGUAAAGAACACAAAGGUUGAGGAUGAUCUCAAAGACAAGAAACUCAAAGGAUCCACAGAAGAGGGAGAGUCAAAGACAACAGAACAAACUAACGACAAGAGCAGUAACAACAACAACAGAGAAACUUCUGCUAGCACUUCGAAGGAGAAUUCAAGAGUUUCCGAGGUCCAAAAGCCCGAUUAUAUCCAUGUCCGAGCCCGCCGAGGUCAAGCCACGGAUAGCCACAGCUUAGCUGAGAGAGCGAGGAGAGAAAAGAUCAGUGAGAGGAUGAAGUACCUUCAGGAUUUAGUACCAGGGUGCAAUAAGAUAACCGGGAAGGCGGGAAUGCUUGACGAAAUCAUCAACUAUGUUCAAUCACUUCAACGGCAAGUCGAGUUCUUGUCCAUGAAACUAGCUACUGUGACUCCAAGAGUUGACUUCAACAUGGACACCUUAUUUGCAAAAGAGAUGCUUCCCAACUGCACAGCCAGCUUCCCGGCAAUUGAUAUGCCAACAGAGAUGAUUAAUGCCGCUGCCUAUCUUCAGUUUAAUCCAGCACAUCAGGUGCUUUCAUGUCCGGUGAUGGAGUCUGAGGUUAUUCCCAAUGCGAAUGUCCAAACAACGAUUGGUGCUCCCGUGCCGAUGGCUGAUACGUUCUUCGACCAGUCUUCCUUCGUGCCACUUCAGCCCUCCUCUGCUUGGAACUUCGAUGUACAAAACAUUUAGUAUGAAAAACAUAUCAAGGAAGAAGUGCUAAUUUUGCCCGAGCACUUUACAGGUAAUUGGUGGUGAAAUGUCCUAAUCUGACCACCCUACUUUUGUCUGAUUGAGGGCUUUAUCGGUGCAUUUAGAUAGUGAAAGAAAAGCAAGUCUAACUACCAAUGAUAAGGAUGACAGAGAGACCCACAUAUCUUAAUUAUCCUGCUUUGGAAAGAUUUGGAUGAUUCUUGAUUUGAAACGAAGAGAAAGUGUAUCUGCAGAUCCUCUCUCUAUAGAAAUGUCAUGAAGUUUUGUGCCAUUAUUAAGCUACUUAAUGAGUUGGUGGGUAUCUAAUUGGCUAAUGUCAAACUUUUGCAGGUCCAGUUGAGACCCAGUAAUCUGAUGAUGGAGAUGUGAUGAGCCUGAUGACACCAUUCAUAAAACUAAGAAGAAAUUCAUUCCAAAGAUGCUCUGACCCAAAAUUCUUUUCUCUGUUUCUCAAGUAUAUAGCCUGUAUAUUGUAUUUGUGAUCAUACUAUAUUGCUCAAAGUAUGAAUAAGAAUCAUGAAUACCCCAUUUAAGCCCCA